AUGCCCAAGUAUAUAGUUGAUUGUUGCUUGAAGCAAGAAAUACUAUCUCUAGUACUACCACUGUUAAAAGCAUGUGAUUGUGGAGAUCAUAGACAGGCUACAAAUGUAUUUGAAGAGAUACUACGUAAAACAGUCCAAAAUAAGCUUGAAAGAUUAAGCGAUGAGAAUCUGGCUGAUAGAAUCUAUAGCUCAUACGAUUUCGUAAUGGAAGGUCAGGGAUCCGUAUCACUGAGUGCGACGCCAACGAAAGCCCAGGAAAGUUUUAUUAAGAGUUUAAUUAAGGUUAUACUUCAUGGUGUUUCCAAUGACAGCGAUUAUCAAGUUGUUGAGUAUCAAGGUAACUUACUAAUUUCCCUAUGCAUCGAUAAGCUUUACAUAGAGAAAUCUCCUCUGAAAGGUUCGCUACUUUCCAGCCAUGAUGAAGUUUUUAACGCCGUGAUCGCAAUACUGGACCAGUCUACUAAGAUUAACGAAGAUAAUUCCUACUAUAAGGGUAGAAAAAAGUUUGAAAUUAACUUCUAUAACAUCCCCAACAAGACUGAUUUGAUUGUUAGUUCACAGAUCAGUGAGGAGUUUGACAAAAUAGAUCUAAGAGAUUCUGCAGAUGGAAGCGAGAAGACACUGAUAUCUACAGAUCCAGCCUAUUCAUCGCUACCUUUUUCACAGGAUACAUUUAACCUAACUCAAGUUCACUUCCUUCCUUCGGCAGAGUGCGAAAAUAUAUGGGAGUCGCUUUACUUCGAUGACAAUAUAAAGGAGAAGCUGUUUAAUUAUGCUACGAUUGCUAUAAAACUAUCCCAACAUAUGUUGAACGCUUCAACAAACGUUUCAAUUAAUACGGCAAUGGAUAGUAACAGACUAAUACUAAUUCACGGUCCACCUGGAACGGGUAAGACAACGGUUUGCAAAGCACUAUGUCACAAACUAGCGAUUAGGCAAAAUGCAGGUAUCUUCAGUAACAAAGUAACAGCCGCUCCUGCCAUCCUCAUAGAACUUUCCUGUUCAAAGGUCUUUUCACGAUGGUUUGGCGAAUCAUCUAAAAAUUUGGAUACGCUCUUUAAAGAUAUAGAAUCUCUGCUCCAGGUAACUUGCGCUAAUGACCAGUUUGUUUGCUUACUCAUCGAUGAAGUUGAAACCAUAGCUUUUUCGAGGUCUAGUCUCAUAAACAAAAACGAAACCACUGACGCAAUCAGAGUCGUGAAUACUUUACUAACAAGGCUCGAUGGUCUUAAGAAAUACAAGAAUUUUAUCACUCUUGCCACUUCCAACCUCAUAGACUCAAUGGACAGUGCCUUCAUUGAUAGAGCCGACGGUAUAUUCCAUAUACCUACCCCAUCAGCAGCUGGUUGCAAAAGUAUAAUCGAAUCUUCCAUCAAUCAAUUCACGCGCAUGGAGAUCAUACAGGCCGCAUCUCCGGAUAUACUUAACGACCAGUUAAUUCAAGCAUCAUUGAACCAAAUCGUAUUGCGAUGUGCAGUAAGUACCAAAGCCUAA